AUGCGCAAUCCAGAUGAAGUACCUGUGCACCACUUAGUGGCUGAUACUGGAGCGUUCAUUAAACGGGUACCUUUACAGGAUCUCGGUGCUGUCAUUUAUACGGUACAAGAGGUGCUUGAUGAGUUGAAGUGUGAAAAGUCAAAGCAUCUUCUCGAGACUAUUCCUUAUGAAAUUGUUAUUCGGGAGCCAUCGAAAGAAUCUCUUCAAAUUGUGUGUGAUUGCUCGAAAAAGACCGGUGAUUAUGCGUCUCUGUCGGUUGUCGAUUUAAAAGUGUUGGCUCUCACUCACGAUCUACAUGUUCAGACAUGUGGUAAAGAUAAACUCAAUUAUGAUUGUAAAAAGACGGCCGAUACAAGAGCGCCUGAUUCAGAAGCUGUAAAAUCAGGUGAUGAUGAGCAUCAAAAUGGAGCUGAUGGAGAUGCUACAGUUCCUGAAAAGAAAUAUGAUGCCUUAGCGGGAUUCUACAAUCCAUCCUCGUCAUCAUCAGCAAAACAGAUGGAGCGUAUUUGUGAAAAUUUGCAGCAACCUAAUGGGAAUAUCGAAGGUGAUAAACGGAUAGAAGAGGAUCGUGAUAAUGGCGAUAACGAAGAGAACGAAAGCGAUAGUGGAAGUGAUGCAGAAGAGGGUUGGUUAGAUGAGAACAACAUCGAUGAGACACUCCUUCAAAUGGGUGCUGUUGCAGUGCCUGAUAAGAAUAUGAAGGUAUUUUUAUGCNGACUUAAUUCGUAUAUUUUGAGGUAUAUUUCAUUUGCAGAUAAUUUUUCAUUGUUCUUUUUGCUGGAUUCUAUAUGUCGUUCAUGUUAUGCGACCACCACGCAAAUGACUCGUCGUUUCUGUGCGAAAUGUGGUUAUGAUUCAUUGCAUCGUGUUGCGGUCACGGUGAACGAGGAUGGCACGAGCGAGUUACACAUCAACUGGAGACGGUUGUGUUCGAAGCGUGGAUUGAAAUACUCUCUGCCACCACCGAAAGGUGGUAAACACGCCACAGAUCCACAGCUGUUCGAAGAUCAACGUAUGCCACAAAAUCGAGUGGCCAGAUGCCAUUUGAAUCCGUUGGAUAGUGGGCCGUUUGCAAUGCACGAUGUUACGAGCAGAUCAGCAGUAUUGGGCAUCCGUGAUCGACAGGAAGCUAUGAGACGACGUAACCCGAACAUGGCAUCUCAUGGACGUAAACGGGGUGGUAAGAAACGAUAUAUUUGGGACAAUAUGCCAACUCCAGAAUACUAUUGUCACAACUGUGAACUAGGAGUGAGUCUUCGCGAUGGAGAUUUCGUUUGCGCUCGAUGCGGUGGUGAAUUCAUCGAGGAAAUACCACCCGAUACUCGUGCAGUGAAUCCAUUUGCAUCGGUCAGGAAUUUUUCUUCUCUUAUGUAUGCGGGUAUCAGUGUUGCGGCAAAUAUAUUCGAGAGUUUAUUGAGUGAAGGUGGAGGUGGAGGUGUGGGCGCAUUCAAUAUGAGCGGACACACCGCAUCGGGGGUUGCCGGAGCAGGCGCAGGACCAUCGCGAAUGGGUCGUGGAGGUGGCGUUCAACCGACCGCGAUUCGAUUCGGAAGUGGUCAAGGUGGAAAUACUGGCGACAAUAUUAUCGCCGUAUUUCUCAAUCAACUUCUAUCAAAUCUAUCUGCUCAAGGUGCACAAAUACAGUUACAAAUCACUCGUGAUCCUACGUCUGGUAUCUUGCAUGGAUCGAUGGGUGACUACGCGUGGGGUGAAGGCGGGUUAGAUCAAAUAGUAACACAACUGUUGAAUCAAUUCGAAGGAGGUGCCACUCCGAUUGAUCCGAAAUUAAUCGGCAACUUACCAAUGAUCACCGUCGAACAAUCGCAUGUCGAUGCGGAUACACAGUGCACAACGUGUAUGGAACGCUAUAAACCGGGAGAGAAGGUGGCACAACUGGAAUGCCAUCACGUGUUCCAUCGCGAAUGUAUUGUACCGUGGUUGCAGAGGCGUAACACCUGCCCGAUAUGUAGACAAGUUAUUGAUGCAACUAAAUGGCCGAGUUGUAAUCCGUUGGAUGAAUUGGACUAA